GAUACAGGAAGUGUGGUGCAAUGUAACAAGAAGACGCAUUUGUGAAUGGCCAAACUUAAUAUGAUUAUCUUAAUUAACUCUACCCAAUUGUAUGCAGACGGACAAUGGAUAUAUCUUUAAUUUACCACUCUUAUAAAUGCAAGUCUCACUCAAGAAGCGAGUUGCAACUGCAAAGUUUAUAUUGUGUACACGUGUAGAUGUGUGUGACGUCUUGUACUUCUAAUAAAAGCACAUUAACCCAUAUUCUUAAGACCACGGGAGUAGGAUCCUUUACACUUCAUUUAUUACAAUGAUUGCUAAUGAUCUGGUGGAUGAUUGAUUCAUGGACCUGCUACCCACAGAACUAUAAACUAUUAAUGAGAAUCACUUUUAAAAACGUCUGAAAGCGAAGCGCCGUUCUGUUAAAUAGUUUCCAUGUACAAGUUGGCUUCUGACGUGUUUCAAAUGUUAGACCGUUCUUUUCAUACUGAUCUGACCACGCAUUACUCCAUUUACCUGAUCAAGAGGCAGGUGUACCCGGUCAACAGGGGGUGUUUAAAAUUACUCCUCCUAGGGCACCUGAUCUCAGGUAUGCCCACGGGUCCAUGUUUGCCCUACUCUUAAUUUUGUAUUCUUUAUAUAUAUAUAAUUAUAAAGGACUGCUCCGAGAUUCGGUGAAGGUGUCAGUCUAAAUAUUCAAUCAAGCCGAAUCUUGGCCGAGACUAGUGGUCCCUUGUGUGAUUUUUUUCGCGAACAAUGUUAGUAUAUAGGUCCCUGAUUAUAUCAAAUUGGUCUACAGCACUGUAUCUAGUUUAAUCUUUCAGUCAUGAUAUAUAUGUCUUCCGCGUGUGAUUCAAUCUUAUGAAAAUAGAUUUUGCGUAAAUUCAAUUUCAUGUACAGUGCACAGCUUGACCUGCAUUUGCAUUUACUCAAAUGCAUCGGGUUCGACAGUCCAGCUUCUUUUCCACGUGGGAGCUGUAGAGGAAAUCCGAAAUCUGACGAAAUUGUGUAGGGUCUAGCUGUUUAUCAACAAAUGGAAGUAACACACCAUACAAAUAUCUGCAGGAAGAAACGCAAGAAAGAAAAGAAUAGAGACAAAGAAAUAGAUUCCUGUAAAGAAAAACAAAAUGAAAUUGACACUGAAGAGUUGCACACGAGCAAGAAAAAGAAAAAGAAACGUGAUAAAUCUAACAGAGGCGAAGAAGGGGACAUUACAAGCAAUUCUUUAAACACUGUCACGGAAUACAGUAAUACGAGAAAAAGAAAGAAAAAAAAUAUUGCAGAAGAGGAAUCUGUAUCAGAUGAGGAUAAAGCUUGUAAUGGUAGAAUUCCUGUUAAAAAGUCAAAGAAAAAGAAACGGAAGAGGGAAGCUGAAAAUGAGGAGUCAGAAGGUUUAGCGAAGUCAGAAGUACAGGAAAAUGGAAAAUGUAGUUCAGUGAAGAAGAAAAGAAAUCAAGCCUGUGAAUCAUCCACAAAGACAGAGAAAAAAGACAGGAAAUGUGAUGGAAAUUCAGAGAACAAUUUAACAAAGAAGCAAAAGAGAGCAAAGAUGGAGGACACGCAAUGUGUUGGAAACUUGACAGAGGAGAGUGUUGAUUUAGAGGACAUUAAGAGAUAUAAGGAUUGUGAAGAUACCGGAAGUUCAGAGAAUCCCGAGAAACGAAAAAAGAAAAAGAAACACAAAAAAAUUGUAGAAAAGGAUAUGAAGCCGAGUUUGACCUUGGAGGAUGAUGGACCACUUACAAAUGGUUCAAGUUGCCAGAAGAAAAAGAAGAAAAACAAAAGAAGCAGUGAAGACGCGGCAGACGAACCAUCUAGCAAGAGACGUAAAGAUGACCAGACAAGGGAAGACACCAAUGGAGCAGACGUCCAGGGUUCUGACCCUGCCUACUCUGGUCAGUGGAAUACAGCAUCACUAGGUGAUGAACAGAGACAAAAUAAAUUCUUAAGACUUUUAGGGGGAUUUAAAGCAGCCAAAAGUGGCAAUUCACCUUUGUUGACCUUGGAGAAGAAGAGCAGCAAUGUGGCCAUGACCCAGAAUCAGGAGGGUAUCUAUAUGAGAAAUAUGGAGAACCAGUACAGCAAGGCUAUGUCAUUCAACAAGAGUCGAGGGCUGGGCCUGGGGUUUGAGAAACCGCCAUCUGAGGGCAAGAAGUUCUACAUUGACAAAACUGUCUCCAAAUCUAAGAAAUUCGAUGACUGAAUUUUAUUCAAAAGUAAUUUUCAGAUUGGUCACAUUGAAUAAAAUUGAUGUUGUGUC